GGAUUAUUUGUUUUAUUUCUCGCCGGACGCCAGACUUGUUUGGGUGUGUAUUUUGAGAAAAAAUUUAAUAUUUUGCCAAGUUUUUGACAUUUUAGAAGGAAAUUAUCAUGUAUUUUUUUUAGUUUAAAGACUUUGCUCCGCUAUAAAUGUCCGGGGACACGACACAAACGGCAACGAUUGUAAAAGGGGCGCCCACAAAAUACGUGAAAUUAAAUGUAGGUGGAUCGCUACACUAUGUGACGCUGGGAACUUUGACAAAACAAGACAAUAUGCUACGAGCCAUGUUCAGUGGUCGCAUGGAGGUUCUCACAGACACAGAAGGUAUUUGAUUUUUUAAAGAAAAUUUAUAGUUUUAAAUCGAAUGAUUGUUUUGAUUUGUCAGCAUGUUUCUAUAAUUUGUUACAAAUAUUGUGAAUAGCUUUUUAGAUUUAUGUAACUUAUUUUAUUAUAAAAAUAAGUUGUCCAUAGUUUACUAUUAACUUGUGGUUAACCAUUAAGAUGCAUAGCCCCCAAUGCACCUUACUUUAUUAUUUUACUCUGUCUAAUGCCAGACAAUUUUACUCAUCAAGGGGAGAGCGUUGGCACUCAAUUGGUUAAAGUUGAGACAGGCCAUCCUGGGAAUGGCAUGUGAUCACAUGUACAUGAUUUAGCACAUGCAUCAACUUAUCAAGGAGUGUGAUUUAUCGCACACCUCCAUUAACCCAUUGGGUCGCAUUGUGCCUACUUUAAUAUUUUACUUUGUCUAAUGACAGACGGUUUUACUUGUCAAGGGGAGAGCACUGGUGCUCAUUGGAUUAAUUAGCAAUGUAAAAUAUGCUUGUGAUGUUACUCUGAGUGUAUAUCCACACUGGGCAGGCUUGAAAAAUAUGCCUGGCCACAGUGGGAAUCAAACCUACAACCUUUGGUAUACUGGCCCGGUGUGGAUAUACUACUAGCCCGGUGUGGAUAUACACUCAGAGUAACAUCACAAGCAUCUUAUUCACCUGAGUAUAUUACACCAAUACAGAAAAUACAAUGUAAAAUAUAUUCAUGAAAACCCUACAUAUACAAGCUUUCAUUGGUGGGGAUGCAACUACCUGAAAAAUAUGAGAAUUUUGACAUUUCGAGCAAAGUAGUCCAACACAGUAGUCUAACUGUAGAAAAUAUUUCAUAUUUGUGAGACAAUAACAAUAAUUGCCAUGGUGCUAGAUUAUAAUAAAUCGUUUCCAUCACCUGUGAUCCCAUUUUUCAAAUUUUAGAGGUUAACCUCAUAGUAUCUCAGGAGUAGGGAAACAAGUCAGUGGCUUUUAAAAGACUUUAUGGAAUCGGAAUUCCAGUGCAUUCAGAAUGAAAAAAUGAUCACACAUGUUCGAAUAUUCAUUACAGCUCUUCCUCCUGGGACGGCCUUGUAUGAAGUAAUAGCUUUGAAUAUCUGGUUAUCUCAAUUUUUAGGAUGGAUUCUUAUCGAUCGAUCAGGCAAGCACUUUGGUUGCAUCCUCAACUUUCUACGAGAUGGUACGCUAUCGUUGCCUGAAACUCGGCAAGAACUCGAAGAACUUCUGGCCGAAGCAAAGUUUUACUUAAUAGAGGACCUUGUGACGCAAUGUGAAGAAGAUUUGAAAAAGAAAGAUGACGUUCUACCGUGUUGUAUUGUAAGACUAGCAACAUCCGCAAAACAAGAAAAAUUAUUGGUCAGCCAAAGUGAUAAGGUAUAAAGUGAUUUAUUAGCAGAUUAUUUAAUAAACUGUAACAUGUUAUUAAAUAAACUUGAUCGUAUUUUGCAGCCUGUGGUUAAAUUCUUAUACAACAGAUCAAAUAACAAGUAUUCCUAUACAAGGUAUGUAGAGCCAGAUCGCAAGAUCUCGUCUUUUGCUAGGUGGGAUUUCAGUCAAGUGGCAUAAAGUUUUCCAUAUAUAUGAACGUUUUAUCCUACCUGACCAGGACGGGCAUUUUUUUUCUGAUUUUGACCUAUAGUGUAGUAUUCAACAGUAUUAUUGGAAAAUAAAAAAAUGGGUCAUUCCAGAAAACAACCAUACCUCCAGUCCCCCAAAGAGGACAUUGGAAGUUAACCCCCCUACCUUCUUCGGAUGUCCUAAUACACUUACUAUUAUCAGAAACAAUUUUUCUCCCCUCCCCCCUGGAUGGCAGGAACUUCCUCUGUGGGGGGAGUGUGGAUCUCAUAAUAAUUAUAUUACGAGAUGUUCACUGACCAAAAUGAUUUAUUUAGAAAAGUUAUUGGUCAGCCAAAGUGAUACUUGUAACAAAAACUAUUAUUUAUUGAAAAUAAUUCAGGAGUUUUGAUUGGCUAAUAGCUGUCGGUGAAAUUGUCAUACCCGCUUAUGACAUCAGCGUGGAAUAUUGAAAACAAAUAUACCACGUUUGACGUAAUUUCGUGGUAUAUUGAAAAACGAUGCAACACGCUAUGACGUCACACAGCUUUUGCCAAAAGCAAGAUAAUACAAAUGGCUUCCCCGCAUGCCUCGGUUUGUGUUCUCUGCCUCGGCCUUCGGCAGAUAACACAAACCUUGGCCUUAAUUGCAUGAUUCCUCACGUCCUACUCGACCUCAUUCAAUAAUUGUUUAAUAAUAUUUCAAUUACAACAAAAAAUAUUUCAAAGAGACCAUAUGUUUAAGUAAUGUUGUCCAACCGAAGACACACCAGGCUCCAUGAACAGGCCCUUGUCAUUCGGUCGGUCAGAUACUCGGUUGGUUAGUCUAUUGCAAACCGGUCAGUUGGUCAUACACUCCAAAAUAUUACAAUUUAGCAGUGGCGGAAAUUCACUUUUUUCGGGGAGGGGGGCAAAGCCUCCUAAAUUUCUGACAAAACUUUCAAAUUUCCAACAACCCCCAACCCCCCGUUUGCACUCGAAAAGGCUGUUUUUAGCCCUCUUUUAGGUCACAAUUUCCAAAAAUUCGUCAUUUUCCAUGAAGGUGGGGGUGCCCCCCCCCCCCCGAGAUUUCCGCCACAGAAUUUUAGUGCUGCUUGAAAAUAUAUAAUAAUGUUAUUCAACAAUGAAAAGUCGUCACUACAAUGAUGUCAAGAUAAUUAAGAAGUGUUAACACAAUUAGGCUAGAAGUGAUAAUAAGCUAAAAAUUUAAAAGCUAGUGUUCGCUGCCAAGAGGAAAUUUAAAGUUAAUAGUAUUUGCGCGGUAAAGAUUAAAUCAGGACGUCUACUUCCUUAAAAGGUUUAUGAAAAAUGAUGUUCCAAAGUUUAGCAUGUUUUGCGCGACAUACGAUCGCGAGGGUGGCACUACGCAACUUCUUUGUUCCUAAUUAUGGAUUUUUCCCUUUUUUAGUCACUCAGAUGACAAUCUUUUGAAAAACAUUGAACUUUUUGACAAACUUUCGUUACGUUUUCACGAGCGAAUUCUGUUUAUAAAAAAUGUGAUUGGAGGAGGAGAAAUCUGUUGUUGGACUUAUUACGGAAACGGCAAAAAAGUUGCGGAAAUAUGUUGUACGUCAAUUGUCUAUGCAACGGAGCGAAAACACACGAAGGUUGAAUUUCCUGAAGCAAGAAUAUAUGAAGAAACAUUAAAUGUUUUGUUGUACGAGAAAGUAGGAAAUAGUCAGCCUGACGCGGAAUUGUUGCGGGCUUUGGGGACCACUCAUGUUGUCGAUGAUGAAGAGGACGGGCCUGUUCGCAGGCAUAGGAGUGGUGUAGGAGAAUAGUAGGGUUAUAUGUGUAUGGAACAAUUAAAUUUAUAAGUUAUAUAUGCGAGUGUAGUGUUACUCAUAUUGAAAAAGUCUUGGUGACAUAAUCGUUAUUGAGCUCAUUGUCAGGGCAGGAAAAAACGAAUUUUCUUCCUGGGAGCACAACCUGGAGACAAAUGUUUCCUACAGACCAACGGAGUAUUUUUGUGCUAAAUCUGCAUGUGCAUAAACAUAUAGUGUUCUAGCUGACCAUGGUUUUAAAUUCAAGGAAUAAUGUCUGUCAACCAUAUGUUGUUGCGUCCAUAGUGGGACGUGGGUGUUAAGGUUUCCUUCAAAUCUUCAAUAGCAAAUUUUCAUUCGAACGAAUUUCCUGCAGCUGUUUAACAUUUCCUGCGAGCAGUGCUCGCGUUCUCGCCUAUUUUUUCCACCCCUGCUCAUUGUUAUAAAGUCCAAUGACAACAGCAGACUCAACAAACAGUCAACAAUUAGACCACCAGGUUGGAAAUCAAAAGCUGGUCAUUUUCAAGAAGGCGGACUCAUACCAUUACACAUCUGACGGACUGGGCUAAUCAAAUCUUAAAUGCUCAUUCAAACAUUGCAAUUCCACGACAAAUCAAAGACUGGUUAUUUUCAAGAAGGCACACUCACACCAUUACACAUCUGACGGACUGGGCUAAUCAAAUCUUAAAUGCUCAUUCAAACAUUGCAAUUCCACGAGAAAUCAAACGCUGGUUAUUUUCAAGAAGGCAGAUUCGUGGUAUACAAAGCGCUAUUGGGAGACACCAGAGACAUUUGGCAUUAUCCUAAUGUUUGAAAUUUUGCAAUCCAAAACCAAAUUCAUCCUCGUACCCGGUUUUUUUUUACCGUGGCACCAGAGUGUGAGAAAAAACAGCCUUGGUACGAGGUUUAACCAAAUUUCAGUACCCUGUGGAUAUCGGGAUACUUCCAGGGGUGGAUCUACCGGUGGGGUGCAGGGGGUGCGCAACCCUCUCCCCUGGUGGUGUUCAGCACCCCCUUGAAGAAAACUCUGGUAUUCCAUAUUUGAGUUGUGAAUACUACUUAUUAUAUUGAAACGAUUGAUUUUCGAAUACGCGAGAAAAUAUUCACCAUACAACGUAGCACUUUUCUUAAGUUUUGCCCAAAAAUACAAAUACUGCGGGGACAAAUUUAACGAAUAAAUGUAGUGCUCAGAAUGCAGCAAAUGGCAUUUCAAGGUUUCACAUUUCAAAAAUUUUCUGGGGGGAAAUGCUCCCGGAUCCCUCCCUCCACCCCCUAACAAAUCAGGCCAGAUCUGCCCCUGGAUACUUCAAAAUUCAGACCCUGUUUUUGUCAUGAAAAAAGGAAUAAAAAAACCAUUUAUAUGCAUCAAGACUGAAAUAUCCUAAGACUUUAAUAAAUACUAUUUAAAAACAACACUUAUAGCUCAGACGGACAAACCAAGGCCGCUUUUGCAUAUUUUUGAUGUUUUCAAACCAACCAAAACCAAUCGCCACCGGGUUAUUUUGAUUAAGAGGCAAUUUUUUUCAAUGUCACGUAUUUGCAAUGAAAAGUGUUCAAAACCUAAAAUCUCUUUGGCGUUCCUCUCAAAAUUACUUUGUUUUAGCUUUAUUCUCUAGUUUAUAGAGUUAGCUACCUUUUUAAAUGCAUCUGCCGGUUGAGAAACAUAAAAUAGUUAAAAAUUGUCAAUUAAAAUACAAUUAUCAAUGAUGCUUUAAAAUUGACGCCAUAUUUACAGCCAUAUAAACAAAACUUACUGAACUUCAGACAUCAUUUUCUCUUUGGCGUAUCAUCUAAAAUCUCUUCAUUUUGGCAUUAUUUUACAGAUAAAGCACUAAACAUACUUUUUAAGUUUGUUUGCCGAUUGAGAAACGUAUCGAAAAAUACAAAUUUUGAAUUUAGUCAUAACCUCAAGCGAUAUAUUAUACGCAUUAGUUUUGAGCGCGUGUUACAUAACAUACAAAAAAAUCUCCUCUCAAACAUUUUCUGGUUAUGAACUUACUACAUAGCCGUAGGUCUAAAUAGCCGGCUGCUGAUUGGUUUUAACUUAGUUUGAAAACAAUAAUACGCAAAAGUGGCCUCGGUUCGCCUGUUCGAGCUGUAAAAUACAAUGAAAAAUAAGUUUCAAAAUACACUCUAUUUAGAUUGGCUUCUAGAUCGCAUUGUGUAAGGUGACUGGUGUUUACUACCAGCCAAGUUACCAGUCUGGACACCCUGUGCAGAUGUGGGCAAGGUCGAAGCCACUGUACUGACUGCUGUCAAACUGGGCGUGGCAGGUGGCGACGUCAUAUGUUGCCCAACAACAACAGCAGUGGUAGCUGGUUUAUUUACAGGUGGUUUGGGUUGUGAAGAGUUAUUACCAGUGAGUACGGGUUGCUGGAGUGUUACCAGUUGUAUUUGGGUGGUAGGUGUGGCCUGUAACUGGCUUUGUAUGCCCUAGAAAGAG